AUGAAAAUGGAUUCCAUACGGAUUUUUAUGAACACAGAUUCCAUACGGAUUCGUAUGAACACAGAUUCCAUACGGAUUCGUAUGAAAACGGAUUCCAUGCGGAUUCGUAUGAAAACGGAUUCCAUACGGAUUCGUAUGAAAACGGAUUCCAUGCGGAUUCGUAUGAACACAGAUUCCAUACGGAUUCGUAUGAAAACGGAUUCCAUGCGGAUUCGUAUGAAAACGGAUUCCAUGCGGAUUCGUAUGAAAACGGAUUCCAUACGGAUUCGUAUGAAAACGGAUUCCAUGCGGAUUCGUAUGAACACAGAUUCCAUACGGAUUCGUAUGAAAACGGAUUCCAUGCGGAUUCGUAUGAAAACGGAUUCCAUACGGAUUCGUAUGAAAACGGAUUCCAUGCGGAUUCGUAUGAACACAGAUUCCAUACGGAUUCGUAUGAAAACGGAUUCCAUGCGGAUUCGUAUGAAAACGGAUUCCAUGCGGAUUCGUAUGAAAACGGAUUCCAUACGGAUUCGUAUGAAAACGGAUUCCAUGCGGAUUCGUAUGAACACAGAUUCCAUACGGAUUCGUAUGAACACAGAUUCCAUACGGAUUCGUAUGAAAACGGAUUCCAUGCGGAUUCGUAUGAAAACGGAUUCCAUACGGAUUCGUAUGAAAACGGAUUCCAUGCGGAUUCGUAUGAACACAGAUUCCAUACGGAUUCGUAUGAAAACGGAUUCCAUGCGGAUUCGUAUGAAAACGGAUUCCAUGCGGAUUCGUAUGAAAACGGAUUCCAUACGGAUUCGUAUGAAAACGGAUUCCAUGCGGAUUCGUAUGAACACAGAUUCCAUACGGAUUCGUAUGAAAACGGAUUCCAUGCGGAUUCGUAUGAAAACGGAUUCCAUACGGAUUCGUAUGAAAACGGAUUCCAUGCGGAUUCGUAUGAACACAGAUUCCAUACGGAUUCGUAUGAAAACGGAUUCCAUGCGGAUUCGUAUGAAAACGGAUUCCAUGCGGAUUCGUAUGAAAACGGAUUCCAUGUGGAUUCGUAUGAAAACGGAUUCCAUAGGGGUGCACAUGGCAACACUCAUACGAGUUUGACCAGAAGUUUAAAGAAAAUAAAUGUGCCACACCUUUGGCAGCAGCUUGUAAAAACUCAGUAUGAGCACGUUGUGGAGCAAAGCAUUCUCGUCAGGUGGAUGUGGAUUUGCGGUAUCCGAGUGGCAAUUAGAAUGCUUUCUUGAUGACUUUCAUUUUACUUCACAAAAAUCUUAGCAUGACGUGUAGUGACUGGAGUGAUGUGCCCACCUCUAAUUCAGCACGUGUAGGUUCCUGAAGCUUUCUCGUGCCUCUUGGAAGUGCUUGUAGGACACUGUAGUUUCCAUUCAAGCUGUAAAACUGGCCUGCCACUAUUACAUUCAAGCCACCCGACACGCACUCUGAAGUAUAGCAACAUGUAAAGAUUGUUAUACCAUUAAAAGAACCAGAUGCAA